AGCGUCUCUCAAGGCGCUCCUCGUAUAUAAACCCACCACAAAUUCUGAAAUCCUUCCCUCUCACACUCUCAUUUGUUCUCUGCGCCACUCCAACCCUCGAAGCAAAUUCAAAUAUGGCUUUGCCAAACCAGCAGACCGUCGAUUAUCCUAGCUUCAAGCUUGUAAUCGUUGGCGAUGGUGGAACAGGGAAAACAACUUUUGUGAAAAGGCAUCUUACUGGCGAGUUCGAGAAAAAAUAUGAACCAACUAUCGGUGUGGAGGUUCAUCCGUUGGACUUUUUCACCAACUGUGGGAAAAUUCGCUUCUAUUGCUGGGAUACAGCUGGUCAAGAGAAGUUUGGUGGUCUUAGAGAUGGAUACUACAUUCACGGGCAAUGUGCAAUUAUCAUGUUUGAUGUUACUGCCCGUUUGACAUACAAGAAUGUUCCAACAUGGCACCGUGAUCUUUGCAGGGUCUGUGAAAACAUUCCAAUUGUUCUUUGUGGAAAUAAGGUUGACGUGAAGAACAGGCAGGUUAAGGCCAAGCAGGUCACUUUCCACAGGAAGAAGAAUCUCCAAUACUAUGAGAUAUCAGCAAAGAGCAAUUACAACUUCGAAAAGCCUUUCCUUUACCUUGCCCGAAAACUUGCCGGGGAUCCAAAUCUGCAUUUUGUGGAAUCACCUGCACUUGCUCCUCCGGAAGUGCAAAUUGACCUGGCUGAGCAACAGAAGCAUGAGGCUGAGCUUCUUCAAGCUGCUAAUCAACCCCUCCCAGACGAUGAUGACGAUGCAUUCGAUUAGAGGAUGGCGCUACCCAUUGUUUGGUUGAGAGUUUACUAUCAGGAUUUUGUGUCCUGUAACCAUUUUUUUAGAUAUGGUGGUUUUGGUGUUUGUUAACGAUGCAUGAGUUUUCCUGGUUGUAUUCAAUUUGAGGUUGUGGGGUUCUAUUGCUUUUGAUAUGUAAGAUUCUAUGUUUAAUUAUCUAUAUCAGCUCUUGCCUUCUCCGUUA